AUACGGGAUUGUCAUCGUGGUUAUUCAAUCUAGACGUUGGUAAUGAAUCGCGCGAAAUGCUCGAUCUUUUCGCGCCAAGCAGCAGCCAUCGACACACAUCGGUCCACAUCGCUUCGCGUUUCUCGCGUCUUUUAUCCGUCGAAAGUGAGUCUCGCGCGUUAAUAAGUAUCGGGAGUGUCGAGAAUAGCGAUGUGAGAUCGCCGAGGCGUAUCGUGAAGACGUCAUUUUAUCUCUCGACUAUCCACCGACUUUCGAGUUUCGAUAGCUUGCUGCGCACAGGACCUCGCAAAAGUUAAAAUUUUUUAUGCUAUAAAUAGAAAAAACAAACAUCAAAUUUGGACGUUAAGUGCCAAUUGGGAUUGCAUUCCACGAAACUUCCUUUUUGAGGAAAGAUUUUACUGAAAACCUAUAACGUGUGUAACAUAAACUAUAGAUAGAAUACAGAACUAUAGAUAAAUAAAAAAUAGAUAGAACAUAGAAUAUAGAUGGAUAUAGAACGUAGAACUAUAGAUUUUCUGUAAAAUUGUCCUCAAGAAAGAAAAGGAUGUCUUGAACCUGAAAUGUAACCUGGAAUGCUAAACUCAUGAACGAAAGAAAGGGGUUGCCGGACUUGAGAAUAUAAUUAUGUUGAACUGUAAUUUCCAUCAGAGAGGAAUUACUCGCGUGUUCGCCGUUGCGUACUCCAUGCCAACGUGCAAGACACUACUGUGAGGAAGUGGAAACGAGGAAGAAUCUAAAACUACUUUCCUGUGUAAAGUGAAACUGUGCAGUGCGCGCGGAGACACGUAAUAUAACUUCGAUCAUCGAACUUUCAGUGAGUCCAUUUACAAACGUAAUUUCUACGUGCGGCGGGGAACAAAAGUGCCGUGAUAACGAGCUGAAUCGUUAAAAACAAAGGUUAUUUUGUGCGCGUCGUGGGCAACGCACGGAGACCGAGAGAGGAUCGCAAUCCAACUCGCCGAUGCAAUCGCAUCCUAUUAAUGAAUGCAGUUCGCAUCCGCGGCACGCGCGUUAAGAUCGUUACGAAAUCUCGCGUCACGUGUGCAAGAACCAAAAGCCACGAGAGAAGAAAGGAAGGAAGGAAGUAACGAAAGAAGAAAGGAAGGAAGGAAGGAAGGAAGGCAGGCAGCACGUGAGGCAUUAUUAAACUUCUCGCGCUCUAAUCCGGGUGUAACGCGCGCGUUUACGUGGUUGGAACGAAAACUAUGCAGUACGAUGAGGGGGCCAAGAAUCGGUGGUGGCCUACCGAGCGAGAAAAGGCUGGACUACUGCCAGAAGGCGCGUCAAGCUCGAGGAGUAUUGCUGCUGUACUUGAGUAUCUGCGCGUCGCUGCCCGGCGCUAUUUUCACUGCUCCAGCGCACGUGCGCGAAACAUCCAAGGAAGGCAUGCAGCGACGUAUAAACGACGCCAAUAAUGACCUGCCGGAAGAUUUGCCCGUUUUCGAGGCGACAGCAGCGAACGUCAGUGCGUUCGUAGGGCAGACCGCGUAUCUGCCGUGCCGCGUGCGAAACUUGGGCGACAAAGUAGUCUCCUGGAUGAGGAGCAGGGACCUCCACAUCCUUACAUCGGGGAAUUUUGCGUUCAGCUCGGACGCGCGAUUCGGACCUCAGCACUCGCCGGGCAGCGACGCUUGGACUCUCAGGCUGGACAACGCCAGAAAGACGGAUUCUGGCAAGUACGAGUGCCAGGUCAAUACGGAGCCGAAGAUCAUGUAUGCAGUGCAGCUCUCGGUGCGAGAUCCGGAUAAACCGGAGGGAUAUGACGAGCCGCAUUCUCAACAAACGCGCAUAAGACUUCCAGGUUAUGAGAGUACAGCGCCAGUGGCAGACAUAAUGGGUCCCCGGGAGCAAAGGGUGCCGUCGGGUUCGACGAUCACCCUGAGAUGCGUCAUAUUGUCGCCGUAUCAGACCCGUCCCAUCAGGGGUGUACAAUGGCUUCGGGAUAACAAACUCCUAACAUUCCAGGCAGCGCGCGGAGGGAUAAACGUGGAGACUGAAAGGGGUGCAGCACGUACGGUGUCUGUGUUGACUUUGGCGGCGGUGACGCAAGAUGACGUCGGGAACUACUCAUGCAGGCCGACGGAGGGUCGAUCAGCCACUGUCAUCUUAGUCGUUGAGGAAGGGGAGCGCACGGAAGCCAUGCAACGUGACGCCGGAUACAUCUCCUCCGGAAGUGACGUCAGGCACUGGUCCGGACUUCUGCUUCCGUUUUCGUGGCUUCUAAUACUCGCGCGCAACAGCCAAACUUUCUUGCUCUAACGAGCGCACACGCCCGACAGUAUUUCACGCUUAUUUCUUGCCGUUUCCGAGAUGUACCUAAAAUGCGACCAAGCCGAUUUAGAUCGUAAGAUGAACUCUCUUGUAGCUCUUAAGAACAUAUUUAUAAAUCGUAUUAUGGUGUAUUCCGACACGCGGCGCGACGUGCCCGCUAAAUUCGUAAUGCGCGGGUUAUGCGCGAUUUAGGAGGCGACAAGAAUUAUUCGCCGUAUACACUUUACGAACGUACAAAACGUGCAGUUACGAAACUUAAUUUAAUUCUGCAAGUAUCUUAACGGCGUAGCGAAGCGCAGAUAUCGUACUCUGAUCGUAACGUAAGUACUCAUAAUCAAACUAUUAUAUAUCGCGAUCGAUGAAUUGAUCGAUGUAACGUAAUUACUUAGUGCGUUACGUAAUUAAUGUUACAACGCGACGGAGGAAUUAACUAGGAUAAAGAAAUGAAACGAUAUAUAAGUGCGUUCACGAGAUAAUCCACAUUGAGUUUAAUCUACAUUGAAUUAAAAUUCAUAUGAAGUAGAAUGAAAGAAGUUGAUGAAGAUAUGCAGGUGAUCCUCGAGAAGCACGGUUACAAUUAGUAAAUAAUUUAAAACUGUGUAAUUUUUUCCAGACUUAGCUCUCCGCACGCAAGCAUACCUUUUUGGAUACACAGUAUCUACAUCGUGCAACUUUAAGUAACUAUAAUCUUGUUGAGAAAUAAUAUUUUCGGACACAUUUUUAUUUACAUGAAGAAAAUGUUAUAGUAAAAAUAAAAUUAAACGUUAAAAUUAUAUUUCUUACGUUAAAAUUAUAUUUUUUUUUUCACAAUGUUUUUUGUAAAGCUGAAUUAUACUGAGAAAUUAUGCUAUAAAUAGAAAUAAUAAAUUUGACAAUCUACUUAAAUAGAAGAAAACAUUCAAGUAGUUAUAAUAAUUUUAUAGUAAAAAAUCAAACGCGCGCGCGUAUAUAUUUUUAAAAUAACAUUUUUAAAAAUAGCGUUUUAACAAUACUAUUAAGAAAAAAAUAUAUAGUAAGUUCGAUCAUAAUUUUGUAUAAUCUGUGAGAUUACAGAAAUGUUGUUACAAUUUUUAUGACAAUAUUUUCUACUUGCAGAGAGAUAUAAAACGACCUCAGAAAUGAGAUAGUGGCGCAACGAAACCAAAAUCUGCAAACAGAUUUGCGCCACUUUGAGGUCUUCCUGGACUUUUUACGAAAGUUGGUGCGCGAUCGAAUAUUCGUUCGAAUUUCGCAGACACAACAUUGAAGGUGGAGGUUCAGGAUUCAUACGGUUGUUCUAUUUUUUAUGCAUAUCACCCUUUAUUAAGUGACCGUGUCAUUCGAAUUCCGCGCAACCCAAUGUCGUGUUAUUCGAGGGACGCCUGCACGCGAACAUAGAUCCUAAAUUAAGAGUGCAUGUGUGCACGCGCAUAAAUUGUGAAUCGUCCCGCCGACAGUGGCAAUAAUUUCCAGCACGUAAAAUAAUUGUAACAAUAAAUGAAAUAUAAGUGGCAAAA